AUGGUCAAGUACGACGAGUUGACCCGUGUCGGCGAGGCCUUCCGCAAAGGCUCCUUCUACGUGGGGAUGGUGAACGGGUUCGCGUUCGAAAAGCUUGCAGCGAACCCUACAGAGACGGCAGAAGAGGACGCUGACAAGAUCGUCUCCGACAUCAACAGGCUGCCUCUCAUCAACGCUGGCGCCUUCGAGUUCUUCACCCCCAUCGAGUGGCUGAACCGUGGCGGCGAGGGCCGCGCGCUGAUCUGCCUUGUCUACCUCCGCCGCGAACCGAAGGCGAUCACGCCCGAGGUCCAGAAGCAGAUCAACUUCCGCGCGAAGACGGGCACUCCCCUCUUCCGUUCGACUAUUAAGAAGGUGCUCAGCUCCCCGUCGUGGUAUGAGUAUAACUAG